AUGGACACCCCCUGUGGCACAUUUUGGGGGGUCCCAGUGGGGGGGCUGGCCGGUCGGUCUGGGGCAGAGCGGGAGCUGAAGGCCGGCUGGGUUCCUUUUGGGGGGGUUCAGGCUGGCUUGCGGGGCUGUCACUUUGGGGUGCCGUUUUCGGGCCGGGCAGGGUUUGGGGCGCGGGGGGCACCCCCUGAGGGGCUCUCUGACCCGCGGCUCCCGCAGGGGCUCCUGCGCGCCCAGAGCCUCGGGGCAUGGCGGGGGCUGGGCACCUCGGCCGCCCUGCUGCAGCAAGCCCAGGCCAAGUCCCACAGGGCUGAGGGGACAUUCCAGGUGACAAUGCUGCCGGGGGACGGCGUGGGCCCGGAGCUGAUGCACGCUGUCAAGGAGGUCUUCAAGGCUGGCAAUGUCCCCGUGAUCUUCGACGAGCACCACCUGAGCGAGGUGCAGAACACGGCGUCCGAGGAGAAGCUGGACCGGGUGGUGGACUCCAUGAAGGAGAGCAAGGUGGCCCUCAUUGGGAAGAUCCACACGCCCAUGGAGUACAAGGGAGACCUGGCGUCCUAUGACAUGAGGCUCAGGAGGAAGCUGGACCUGUUUGCCAACGUGGUGCACGUGAAGAGCCUCCCGGGCUACCAGACCCGGCACAACAACCUGGACCUGGUGAUCAUCCGGGAGCAGACCGAGGGCGAGUACAGCUCCCUGGAGCACGAGAGUGCCAAGGGGGUGAUCGAGUGCCUGAAGAUCAUCACCAGGGCCAAGUCCCAGCGCAUCGCCAAGUUCGCCUUCGACUACGCCACCAAGAAGGGCCGGGCCAAGGUCACAGCUGUGCACAAGGCCAACAUCAUGAAGCUGGGGGAUGGGCUGUUCCUGCAGUGCUGUAAGGAGGUGGCUGAGCUGUACCCCAAGAUCAAAUUCGACACCAUGAUCAUCGACAACUGCUGCAUGCAGCUGGUGCAGAAUCCCUACCAGUUUGACGUGCUGGUGAUGCCCAACCUCUACGGGAACAUCGUGGACAACCUGGCCGCGGGGCUGGUGGGCGGCGCGGGCGUCGUGCCCGGCGAGAGCUACAGCGCCGAGUACGCCGUGUUCGAGCUGGGAGCCCGGCACCCCUUCGCCCAGGCCGUGGGCAGGAACAUCGCCAACCCCACGGCCAUGCUGCUCUCGGCCUCCAACAUGCUGCGGCACCUCAACCUGGAAUACCACUCCAACAUGGUCUCGGACGCGGUGAAGAAGGUGAUCAAAGGUGGCAAAGUCCGGACCCGGGACCUGGGCGGUUACUCCACCACCUCCGACUUCGUCAAGUCCGUCAUUGACAACCUGCACCCCAACUAUGGGGCUUAGGACCCCCGGCAGCCCCCGCGCCUCGGCCCCCUCCCCAGCCCCCUCCCAGCCCCCCAGGGAGGAGGGAGGCCCGGGACCCCCAGGAACGCUUUACCCUCCCCCAUCCCCCACAGCAGGCGGCCAGUGUGGAUUUCGGGGUGUGCUGGGUGGUUUUGGGGGAUGGGGCAGCGCCCCUAAAUCAUAGGCAGCUCCUAGGGACAUUGGGACCACCCAGCAUGGCUCUGGAACCCCCAUUCCCAUGGCAUGCCAUUAUUGGAUUGUCAUUCCUGUGGGACCAGUGGGAUUCUUGGAUCCCUGUGAGAACAGGACCUUGGACUGUGGGACCCCAUUCCUAUGGGAUCCCUGUGACUUUGGGAUCCCCAUUCCUAUGGGGUCAUUCUGCCUGUUGGACCGGUGGGAUUUUGUGGGGUCCCUGUGAAAGCAGGACCUCAGACUGUGGAAACCCCAUUCCCACGGGAUCCCUGUGACUGCUGGAGCAGUGUGGGAUUCUUGUGGGACCCCCAUUCCCAUGGGAUCCUCACAAAUAUGGGACCAGUGUGACUGUGGGAUCCCUGUGACCCCAUUCCCAUGGGACCCAUCCCAUGCAGCUUUCAGCAAUAACCAGGGUGACGUCCCCCACCCUCCACCCCCGUGGCAGCUGCUGGCACAGGGUCCCCACGCGUGGGGUGACCCUGGAACACUCCAAACCUGGGGCAGGGUGUGGGGUGCACCCUGUGCCCCCCAGCCCGUGGGAAUUGGGGAGCUGCAGGGCUGAGCUGGGAGUCGAUCCCGUAACUGCUGUGCCCGCGGUGCCAGGCCUGGUGCCAGCCCGGGCUGUGCCAUUGUGUGAUGCUCUGUACUCUGCUUUGCUAAUAAAGGGUCCAACGCUUC